AUGAACCAGAGCGGCAUCAAGAAGAGCGAUGCCCUGAGUGAGAAGCUUGCAGGACUACCAGAUUCUCUAAGGGCCCUCAAGAUUUCCAUCCAAAAUGAAGCACUCCAACCGAAUGGUGAAUUAGCAAAAGGCGCGUCAUUCAAGGAUGACUUUGACGCGCUCUCUGGCCUGGUGGAGGAUAAUGAGGCGGCUUAUCUAAUGGUUCGACAGGAUAGUGGUUCAUUUGUAUUUGUCUCCUUUGUGCCGGAUACUGCCAAAGUGAGAGACAAGAUGCUGUACGCCAGCACGCGCAAUACGCUCAGUCGCGAAUUCGGGACCGACAAGAUUGCAUCAACCUAUUUCGCGACGACAAAGGCAGAAUUGACGUUUGCAGCAUUCAUCAAGCAGUCGGCAGAAGAGGAUAAGCCCUACACUGAAAAGGAGAAGGAGCUACAAGAUGUGAAGCAAGCAGAAGACCAGAUACACGCAACGGGUGCCAAGCAGCAGAUUGCUCCGACAGGUGCAGGACUCAGCUGCAACAUCUCUACAUCUGCACAAGAGGCGCUCAAUGUGCUGAAAACGACAUCCACAUCACGCGCUGUUGUGCUGCAAAUUGACCUGCAAACUGAAAGGCUCGAGCUAGCAGAACACAAGGAGAUUGACAUUGAUAAUUUGGCAUCUGUCUUGCCAAAGGAUGGCCCUGCCUAUCUCUUCUACAGCUACGUGCACGAGUAUGAAGGCAGCGGCAUCACUUCGCAAAUAUUUCUAUACCGAUGUCCCGACUCUGCCAAAGUCAAGGAACGUAUGAUUUAUUCCUCAAAUCGAAGCAGCGUGACACAAGCUGCGGAUUUCAAGCUUGAUGUCCGAUAUGAGGCUGAGGAGCUUGAUUUGGCUGAUCUCAAAGCACGUAUACAUCCGCCGAAGCAGACUGCGACAGCUGGCUUUGCACGGCCUCGAAGGCCAGGAAAGAAGUAG